AUCCAGAAAACAAAAAAAACCCCAAAAAAAACAAACAUAUUUGUUGUUUGUCAGAAAUUAUUAAAACAACGCAGACAUCGCGCGCUCUUCUCACCUCUUUCUUCUUCUUCUUCUUCCCUCUUCUCCAAUUCUAGGGUCUCAAAAUCGAACAUUCCAAUCUUUACUAAUUGACCAUCAGAUCUUUAAACCCUAGACUUCAUCACCCGAACCCUCGGUCUCCUUUUUGAGUAUUUUCCCUCGAGGAUUCAGAGAAUCUGUAAUCACCAUUUUCUGGGGUUUAUCUCCAAUUUCUCGAAAUUUCGCGGCUUUUGUUUUGUGUCAAAUCUUCGUGGGUAAAUUUCUAGGUUUGCUUUCGAGGUUUUUAAUUGAGCCGCCAUGGAAGAACACGACGCUGUUUCUGGAGGGUGUUCUCCGAUUCCCAGAUCCGACUUAAAGAUCGGCGGCAAUGAAUUGGAUGAAAGACAGGAGUUGAGUAAAAUUGAACCUGUUACACCAACUCUAAAUUCAGGUAACACUGUUCAUGGUUCUAAAGACGUUGAAAAAGCCAAUGGCAUGUCUCAAGUUGGUAAAGUUUCAGAGAGUUUUGUUACAGAAGGGAAGAAUAUUAAGACUGAACUGUUGGUGGGUCAAGAGGUUAAGUCUUCUUCCAGUAAGCUUGUUCUCAACACUGAUGUUGAUUGUGAUAAGCGAGCUUUGCUUAAGAGAUGUGAUAAUGCGGAUGCUGUUUCCAGCUGCUUGAAUGAUGAUUUAACUUCGGUUUGCUCCUCUAGGAUAAGCCAGAAAACUAGUUCAAUGGAUGUUUAUUCAGAGUGUGGGAGUUCCAAUGGUUCUGUAGCCAAAAGAGAUCCAAUGAAGGUUUGGACAGAGAUGAAACAGAACGGGUAUCUCUCUAAUCCGAAUGGUGGGAUUUCAACGACAUCAAGUAGCUGUCUCAUAUCAUCUUCUCAUGGAGGGAUACCGGCUCCAAAGAAACGUGGACGCAAAACCAAGAUUAAUAAUGACGCUGCAGUGGCGAAGAAGAGAAAGAUAGAAAGGAAGGAAGAAGUUGACAGGUUUGCUAGGCUUGCUGCUCCUAGCGGACUGCUUAACGAAUUGAACCCUGGAAUUAUUAACCAUGUGAGAAACAAAAAGCAAGUACUUUCCAUUAUCGAAAACAUUGUCAAGUCUGAAAGAGAUGCUGGAAACUAUCAUUCUACAUUGAGGCAUAGUAAUAGUGCAGAUGGGAGUCCUAGGAAAAACUUGGGAGAUGCCUGCAGAUCUGAAUUUUACCAAGUAUUCCAGUAUGCCUUGCCUAAAGAUAUGUACUCUAUGCGCUACUACGCCGAGAAAUGCGCUGAUGAUGAGUUCAGUGAAGAAAACAAUACAGUUAGGUCGAGGUUUCAGGUGGCAGGUAAGUUCUCAGAAAAUGACAGUUCCUUGUCGAGUGAGGACGCAUCAGAUCUUAACAGUGCUAGUGUUCUCACUGUUAAUGCGGCUACAGUAGCUUCUCAAUGGUUGGAAUUGCUUCAUCAGGACAUCAAAGGCCGUGUUUCUGCUCUUCGACGUAGCAGGAAGAGGGUUCGUGCAGUUGUCACGAUAGAGUUACCUCACUUAAUAAGGAAAGAGUUUCCAGCUGAUCAAGAAAAUGACCCAACUCUACUCCUUGGUGGGGCUUCGAAGGCUUCAACAGUCGAUAUCCAUAAGAGCAGAUGGAUGACUCUGUUUAAGCAACUCGAACACAAGCUAUCAGAAGAAGAGUCACAAUUGGAAAGCUGGUUAAACCAAGUGAGAUAUAUGCAAUCACAUUGUGAUGAAGGUCUGCAACACUUGAGCUUGAGUUCUGGUCAGAAUUUCUUACAGUUAGGGAUGCCAUUGGACUCUAGAGCUGCAAACGCGCUGAUCUCAGAUAAGGAUUUAGUCAUUAAAGCAGCUGCAGCCUCUAUAUACUCGACCUGCAGUUUUCUAGAGGAGAACAUAACCUGUAGCUGAAUUCCUUAAAACUUCUGACCAGGAUCUGAUUUAAGCUUUUUAGUUGAAAACUUUUUCUCAGUUACUUUAGUGUAAACUUUCAUAGCAGAGUUUUUCUUUGUAAUAUCCAUUUGUAACACUAGGAGCUUUUACUUUUCCUGUUUCCUUUUAUAGAUUCAUUUUUCAGCCAUUUGUUUUACAGUAAGAACCUUGGUAUGCUAAAUUAGUUAAGAUCUGAUAGUUUA